AUGUCAUCACAACGCUUCUACCUGUUGGGUGAAGACCCUUCAGCCACAACAGAGAUCGAGAUCCCCGCCUCGACAGACGAGGAGGGCCUCCAGCAUCUCGCCGCCUCUCACUUUGCCGUCGUCGACCACAAGGGCAUCGGCUUCGUCUCCGGAGAUGAGGCUCUGACAACCGUCGCCGACGUUCUCGCCGCCGAGGGCCCCGUCGCCCUCUCCAUCGACGGCCACGCCGUCCGCGAGGUCCCCGGCCCGGCCGGCCUGCCCUUCAUCGGCAACUACUUCGAGGUCUACCCCGACCACCUCGGCAACCACCAGCGCCUCUUCGAGCGCUACGGCCCCUUCAUCAAGACAAACAACAUGGGCUCCGUCAUCUACCACACAAACGACCCCAAGCUCGCCAACAUCGUCUUCUCCGAGUCCGACUUCUUCACAAAGAACAUCAUCCCCGGCCACCCCCUCUACCCCAUCAAGAACCAGGAGUCCGGCGUCUUCCUCGGCGACACCGACACCCCCGAGUGGAAGAUCGCCCACAAGUUCCUCCCGCCCGCCUUCGGCCCCAAGGCCGUCCGCCACUACGCCCCGACCAUGCAGGCCACCGUCGAGGACGCCUUCAAGGUGUUCGACGAGCUCGACGACAAGGACGAGGCCUGGAACGUCUACCCCUACAUGCUCAAGCUCGGCUCCCAGGCCGUCGGCAAGCUCGUCCUCGGCAUGGACUUCAAGCAUUUUACGGCCGUCGACGCCCCGCCCCACGAGAUGGUCAUCCGCAUCGCCCAGUCCCUCGAGCUCAACAAGAAGAUCACCUCCAUGGGCUCCUGGUACGCCAAGCUGCCCUUCGGCGACCCCCAGCGCCUGCGCGACGCCCGCGGCCGCAUCAUCGACAUGAUGAACGAGUCCAUCGCCGCCGCCUCCCGCGGCGGCACCGCCAACCUCGAGCUGCAGGAGGCCGCCCUCAACGCCGACAACAUGGUCGACUACGUCCUCCGCGCCGCCGACCGCGACGGCAACAAGCUGCCCCAGGACCGCAUCAUGGAGCCCCUCGUCGUCGCCACCGGCGCCGGCUUCACCACCACCUCGUCCCUGCUCUCCUGGCUGCUCUACGGCCUCGUCGCCUACCCCGGCAUGCAGGAGCGCCUCCUCCAGGAGCUCAUCGACAACGGCUUCGACGAGGACACGCAGAUCACCGCCGAGCUGACGCAGAAGCUCACCUUCCUCGACAAGUACAUCAAGGAGACGCAGCGCAAGCACAACCCGUCCUACCAGCCCGCGCGCACCUCCAAGGUCGACAUGAUCCUGCCCGGGGGUUACAAGUUGCCCAAGGACAGCAUCGUCAUCCCGGCGAUCCACCACAUCCACAACAACACGCUCGUGUGGGACAACCCGGCGCGCUUCGACCCGGACCGCUGGGACACGGAGCAGGUCAAGAACCGGCCCAACGCGAGCUACAUCCCCUUCGCGACGGGCCCGCGCAUGUGCAUCGGCUUCAACUUUGCGCUGCAGGAGGUCAAGGUCUUCCUGCCCAAGCUGGUCUACCGCUACAAGUUCAGCCUCGCGCAGGACAGCGCUGUGGAGUACGACCCCAUGUUCCAGCUCAUCCGCCCCAACAACCUGUACGUGCGCGCCGAGAGGAGAGUCAAGUGGCCCCCCAGGAGCGACGCUUAG